AGGCGAACGGAUAGAACACGCCGAACAUAUGGUGUGCUGCGGUUCCACAGCACCGCAGAGCCCGCUGCGGUGUCUUGCACCAACGCAUUGUCUCUCUGAGCAGCCCACUUCACGCAUAUCUCCUGUGCGCGUCUAAUAUUUCACGACGAGUCUUUAUUUACGCAAGUGCGGGCGCCCCGAAAGCAGCGACCAACAGGUGCCGCUGCGCGCCACUCGUCGCGCGCCGCUCCCGGCUUCCCUCCCGCGGGCCUUCCUGCGGGAACUCGCCGUGGACACUUUGAAGUUGUUCUCAGUGGCUGGUGGCGGUCGGACAGCGCGUACGGGCGGCGCCGCGUCGAGCUCAUUCUGCGUUUUUUGCUCUCGGGGAGCCGCAGAGCGGUGCCUAGUAAAGCGCCGUGGUGGGAGCGGGGCUCGACCCCCCUCCUCCUCCUCUCUCUACGUGUGUAAAUACUAGUGCGUUUCUCAACUCAAGUUCCCGUGUCCUCUGUCAGUGGCUCUGCCGCCCCCGAGUCGUCGUCGCCGCCUGGCAGAACAGAAGCAGGUAAGGGGUGCCAUGCCAGCUGCUGCUCCCCUGCUACUCAUCGUCGCCAUCUGGUGGUGGCAUCUGGUACUGCUGCUGCUGUUGCCCCCUCUCACCUUCGCCUUACCCCAGGCCCCCAGGCUGGCGGCUGGCAGCGUUUCUGCGGAGGCCCCACCCAGGACGUCCGUUCUGUUCGAGCCGGUGCGCAUCUCACUCAAUGGCUCCCCUCUCAGCCAUCUCCUCCUGGACUCUGCUUCGGGGCAUAUCUACGUGGGGGCGGUGAAUGCCCUGUAUCACCUCUCCCCAGACCUCGAGCUCAUCUCCUCUGGAAGAACGGGACCUAAGCUGGAUAGCCCCGAUUGCUUGCCCCCUAUCGACCCUCAGGACUGCACCCAGGCCAGGGAGACUGACAAUACCAACAAGAUCCUGCUCUUGGAGGAGGGUGGCGAGAAGAGGUGUUUGAUUGUGUGUGGCACCGUCCUGCAAGGUACUUGUGAAAAGAGGAGUCUGGGAAAUGUGUCGGAGGUGCUUUACCAGACCGACAACCCUGUGGACACCCAGUACGUGGCAGCCAAUGACCCACGGGUGUCCACAGUGGGAGUGGUGGUGGAGCAGAAAGGGACUCGAUUGAUGCUGGUGGGCCGGGGGUACACCAGCAAAGGCCCCGGCGGCAUCCCACCCAUCACCACACGCCGGCUGGCGCCGAGCCGCCACCACCAGGCUCCCACCUUCUCCCACGAGGACCUCGGCAAGCUGGUAGUGGGCAGCUACUCCGAGUUCAACAACCACUUUGUCGCGGCGCUCCGGCACAACAGCCACGUCUACUUCCUCUUCUCGCGACGGGAUGUCUGGAGGAACCGCGAGUACCGCACCUACGUGUCGAGGCUCUGUGCGGGUGACACCAGCUUCUACUCCUACGUGGAGGUGCCGCUGUCCUGCCAGGGUGGAUACAACCUGGCGCAGGCGGCCACGCUGGGCACUCACGUGGGCUCCAGCAGCCUGUUUGUGGCCAUGGCGACCGGCCAGGCGUCUACGCCCGCGCCGACCGCGCGCUCCGCCCUCUGCGUGUACAGCAUGGGCGAGGUGGACCGGGCCAUGCGACAGGCCCAGCUGCUGUGCUACACCAAGGAGGGCCGUGACGACCAGGGCAAAGAGGAGGCCUACAUCGAGUACGAGGUGUCCUCCCAGUGUCUGCGCCUGGCCGAGGACUCCCUCAGCAAGUACCCAUGUGGAGGGGAGCACACACCCAGCCCCAUCGCCAGUGCUGUGCCUCUCCAGGCAACACCCUCGCUGACCUCGUCCUCCCAGCUGACCGCCGUGGUCACUUCCGUUGAGGCUGGGAACACCAUCGUUCUGCUAGGAGACAAGAAGGGACAGCUGCACAAGGUGUUCCUGCAGGGCAGCGGCCCUGGCACCGUGUAUGAAUCGGUGCAGGUGGACAAGGACAGCCCGGUCAAUGCCGACCUGCUGCUGGACACAGCGAGGCAGAGCGUUUACGUCCUGACUGAGAGCAAGGUCACCAAGGUUCCGGUGUCCCAGUGUGAGCAGCAUUCAGACUGCAGUUCCUGCCUGUCCGCCGGGGACCCGUACUGCGGCUGGUGCGUGCUGGAGGGCAGGUGCACGCGCCGGAUGGAGUGCCCCCGCCACACCCAGCCCAACCACUGGCAGUGGAGCUACCGCUCGGGCAGCAGGUGCGUCACAGUGGAGCGAGUGGAGCCCGACGUUCUCAGCCGGGAGGAGCAGGCCAACGUUUCUCUCACAGUGGCGCAGUUGCCCUCUUUGUCAGAAGAGGAGUCUCUGUCUUGCUCCUUCGGAAACAUACAUAUUCAGGCUGCAGUUGUCAUGGAGACCAGCAUCAAAUGUCAAUCACCCCUGCCGGAGCUCCUCCCGCCAACUCCACUUGGCAGUGACCACCUGUCCCUGCGCGUGUCCCUGAUGUUCGGAGAGGUGACCAUCUCCCAUACCAACAUCACCUUCUAUGACUGCAGGGCAGCAGGGCAGCUCAACACCACCUCCCCGUGCAUGGCCUGCGUCGGCAGCGUGUGGCCGUGUCACUGGUGCGCCCUGGACCAAUUGUGCUCUCACGCAAAGCGCUGUUCCCACAAACACAUCAUCUACAACACGCUGGCUCAGGAGCUGGAGCCCCGAGGUGCGGAUGCGUGCCCGUGCGUGUGGGCGCUGAAGGGCUCGCCGCUGGUCCCGGUUGGGCUGGACAUGCAGCUGGUUCUGCUGGGGAGGAACCUGGACCUGUUCGAGGAUGAGGAGCCGUACGUGUGCGUGGUUGAUGUAGAGGGGAAAGCGGUGACGCUCGCAGCUUCCCUGGAAAAAGGCAAAGGAAUGCAGACGCACACCAUCACCUGCGCCGUUCACAGGUUCCAGUAUUCGACGCAGCAGCUGGAGUACUCUGCCCCGGUGUACCUGCGCAGAGGCUCCUCCCAGCGCAUCGACUCCACGCCACACCUGCACCUGCAGCUGUAUGACUGCGCAGUGGGCCAGUCGGACUGCAGCCAGUGCCGGGCUGUGUCCGCGCGCUACGGCUGCGUCUGGUGCGGAGGCGAAAGCCCCAGCUGUACGUACAGCGGUUCCUGUCUCAGCCACCCAGUGGAGACCUGCCCGCCGCCGCUCAUAACAAAGAUCCAGCCCCAGACUGGGCCCUUGGAAGGGGGUAUACUGGUGACGAUCUGGGGCUCCAACCUGGGCCAGCAGUUUGAGGAUAUCCAGAAGGGAGUGACGGUGGCUGGAGUGCGCUGUGUCCCACAGCCCGAGGACUACGUCACAUCCACCAGGGUUGUGUGCGAGCUACAGCCCAGUCAGCAGGAGACUCGCGGUCCAGUAACGGUCUCCGUUGGAGAGACCGAACCAGGUCGGUCUCAGCAGAUGUUUGCUUAUCAGGACCCACAGCUCAGUGGAAUAAUCCCAGAGAAGGGUCCGGUGUCGGGUGGAACCUCCCUCACAGUGCAGGGGUCCCAGCUGCUUACAGGACAGAAGGUCGACCUGGCUGCCUACGUGGGCCUCCACCCCUGUUACGUAGCGGAGGAGGUUAAUGACACUCAGCUGGUUUGCCGCACCAGCCCUGUAAAUCGCACAGCAGAGCUGCAGGUGAGAGUGCUCUUUGGUAAAGCAGAGAGGAUUGUGGGAGAUGUGCUCUUCAGGUACCUGGCUGAUCCAGUCAUUACUGAUGCUAAACCUGUGGAAAGUUUCUACGGCGGGGGACGUGCUAUUAAAGUGAGCGGAAGGAACCUGGAUGUGGUACAGACGCCGAUGAUAUCGGUGUCGGCGGAGCCGGCCGAAGAUGUGGUGGCGAGAAAGAGGCGGUUCAGCCAGCUUACGCAGAGGAAUCCCCACGUCAUCAAUAGCAGCAUUCCAAAGAUACAGGAACCAUGUAUCGAUGUGUUCCCUGAUCAGAUGACCUGUGUGACACCCGCCGUUCCGAGCGAGUUUAAAGUCACUGGGGUGUGGUUCGAACUGGACAACGUGAGGGUGGAUUUUGCCAGCAUCGACGGCAAGCCCUUUAGAUACUACCCAGAUCCCAUCCUGCACCGUCUCAACCGUGACGUGCCUGACCAGCCGUUCCACUUCAAACCCGGAGGGGUCAUAGCGGUAGAGGGCGAAGGCCUCACCUUGGCAAUGACUCGAGAGGAAGUGAUUGCAUGGGUAGGAGUUGAGAGGUGCGACAUCAAAACGCUGGACAGUACUCACCUUUACUGUGAACCUCCUGAAAUCCAGCCGCUCAGCCCGGACAACUCUGACACCCCUCCAAGCCUGCGCGUGGUGAUGGGAAAGCUGGAGUUUGACCUGGGUCUGGUGCACUACGAUAAUGACGUAUUCUCCGCAGUCCCCCUGGCAGCCCAGGUGGGCUUAGCAGCAGGGGCUGCUGUGGUGGUGCUCGUUGUGCUGGUCAUUAUCCUCAUGUACAGGAGGAAGAGCAAGCAGGCUCUGCGAGACUAUAAGAAAGUGCUAGUUCAGCUGGAGACCCUGGAGAUCAACGUGGGCGAUCAGUGCCGGAAAGAGUUCACAGACCUCAUGACUGAGAUGAUGGACCUCAGCAACGAUGUGGGUGGCCCAGGGAUCCCUUUCUUGGAUUACCGCACCUAUGCCGAGAGGGUCUUCUUUCCUGGACAGAGGGGUGCGCCACUAAGCCAGAACCUGGACCUUCCGGAAUCUCGCAGGCAGACUGUGGAGCAAGGCCUGGGGCAGCUCAACAACCUUCUGAACAACCGCCUCUUCCUCAUCAGGUUCAUCCACACGCUGGAGGCCCAGCAGAGCUUCUCCCAGAGGGACCGUGGCCAUGUGGCCUCGCUGCUUACCAUGGCCCUACAUGACAAGCUUGAGUACUUCACCGAUGUCAUGAAAACAUUACUAGGUGACCUAGUUCAGCAGUAUGUGGCUAAAAACCCCAAACUCAUGCUGCGCAGGACUGAGACUGUGGUGGAGAAAAUGCUGACCAACUGGAUGUCCAUCUGUCUCUACUCCUACCUCAAGGAAGUAGCAGGGGAGCCUCUGUAUAUGCUUUACCGUGCCAUCAAGUACCAGGUGGACAAAGGCCCCGUGGACAGUGUGACUGGGAAGGCCAAGCGGACCCUCAACGACAGCCACCUGCUGAGGGAGGACAUAGACUACUGCUCGAUGACCCUGACGGUGCUGGUAAAUAACGGUGCAGAAGCACAGCCAGUGAAGGUUCUGGACAUAGACACUAUUACCCAGGUAAAGGACAAGAUCCUGGAUCAGACCUACAAAGGAGUGCCCUUUUCGCAGAGACCUUCGGCUGACUCGUUAGACCUUGAGUGGAGAUCUGGACAGGCGGGUCACCUGACUCUCUCUGAUGAUGAUGUCACGGCGAUUGUUCAGGGCCGCUGGAAGAGGCUCAACACGCUACAGCACUACAAGGUGCCGGAUGGAGCUACUGUAGCUCUCAUUCCCCGCUCGCAAGGCUCUGGACAGCUGGGUGUCAACCAGGUCUACCAGACUGGAGAGAAGACCCCCAUGCUGGAGGUGGAGGAGGAGGAGGGGCUCCGCCUGUGGCAUCUGGUCAAGUCUAGCGAGGACCCAGAGAUCCCCAAGCACCGCAAGAGCAGCAUGAGAGAGAGGGAGCGGGCCAAGGCCAUCCCUGAGAUCUACCUCACACGUCUGCUCUCCAUGAAGGGUACUCUGCAGAAGUUUGUGGACGACGUGUUCGUGGCCAUACUGAGCACGAAGCGACCUCCGCCCAUCGCUGUCAGGUACUUUUUUGACUUCCUGGAUGACAUGGCUGAGAAGCACGGCAUUGAGGACCCAGAGACUGUGCACAUCUGGAAGACAAACAGCCUGCCACUGCGUUUUUGGGUGAACAUCUUGAAGAACCCCCAGUUUGUCUUCGACGUCCAGGUCACUGACAGUGUGGACGCAGUGCUGUCAGUCAUUGCGCAGACUUUCAUAGAUUCCUGCACCACGUCUGAGCACAAAGUGGGCCGGGACUCUCCAGUGAACAAACUGCUCUAUGCCAGAGAGAUCCCUCGAUACAAGCAGCUAGUGGAAAGGUAUUACAGCGACAUCCACAACGCGGCGUCUGGCUGUUACCAAGAGAUGAACUCCACCCUCACCGAGUUGUCAGGGAGCUUUGCAUCAGAGAUGAAUGGAUUGGUGGCUCUGCAUGAGCUCUACAAGUAUAUCAACAAGUACUAUGACCAGAUCAUUAUGGCUCUGGAAGAGGAUGCCACGGGACAGAAGAUGCAGCUGGCCUAUCGUUUACAGCAGGUUGCUGCCUUGGUGGAGAACAAAGUGACCGACCUGUGACCCCUAGGCUGCUCUGGCAGGGACUCUAGCCUAAGUACCAUUUUGAGGCAUCGUUGGCUCACGACACCACACAGAAAACUAGCGGAGAUGGGAAGAAACCUUCCACUCAAAUACUGGCGCACUCAUCUUCUUUUCCCAUACCAGCGCUGCUUUGGGAGUCUUAUUUAUACGGUUUUAUUGUACGUACAGCGAAAGGGAACAUGUUUGAAUUAGGACUACAUUUCUGAAAAUGGUAAGGGUGACUGCAGUUUAGAGACUGAAAAUCACUGCACUGGAAAGACUGACUUCUAAGUAUUGUCUCUUUGUGCAUGUGUGUUCGUGUGUGCAUGUAUGGUCUGGUGCGUCAUGUGUUUCUGUAUUGGCAAGAUCAACACAGUAGGUGAACUGUUUUUUUUGUUGAUUCUCAUCUCUGUGCCAUGACUUCUUGAUGGAAAUUACGCAAGAGGGCUUCACAACUCCGUUACUUGCAAUACGCAAUACCCUGGUCCAAAUCCUCACUUCUAAGAGUUGGGAAGCCUUACAAGUUUCUUAUUACAGUAGGUCAAGUAACAUACUCGGUUGUUGCAUAUCUUGAUGUGAAAACUUUGUGAAAUAUUUGUCAUACCCUCUGUGACUCUUCAGUUGUCCAUAGAACAGGGAUGGAUAAUAUUGAAGCUGCUUUUUUUUUUUUUUUUUUUAAUAAAUAGCUUUUCUAGGGGGUUUUUAACAUUCUACAGUUAUUGGUCAGUGAUUUUUUUUUUUUUUUUUUUCCCUUAUAAUGGAUAAUUGCUAACAACUUCCUCGGUGAAUGAGUAUAAAUUUCAGAGCAGCCAUUUUAUGCUUUAAGCUCACACUUGCACACUGGUAACAAGAUGCACUGGUGUGUCAGAUGUAAAUAUUUGCUCCCCCUGACAGUCUAGUUGAAAUAAACUAAGCUUUGUUCCAGUAUAAAGACCAUAAGGUGGAUUUACAGGGAAGCACUUGUUCCUCUUUUAACAACUUGUGCUGUAUUUAUUAACUGAAGUCUAGGUUGCUCAAGGCCAGACUGCAAUUAGCAGUAUUAAUUUGUGUGUCACCGUAUAGCUUUUUAAAUGUAAUAUAAAUAUAGAAGUUCUUCAGUAUCUUACGUGAAGCAAUAAAUGUUUUUGAAUUGAGGAGAAAAUUAUACCAGCAUAGAAGAUGCAAAGUAGGGACUGGGCUGGAUAAUUUAGUGGGUUUUGUGACUUUGCUUUUAGACAGACUGUGACUAAAUUAUGAGAGCGCAAGCAGGUUGAUGCACCCAGGAUCCAUCUGGGAAUAUGGUCGGACACUGUAUAGACACUAACUUAUUUACUGUAAAUAGUGCUUAUUUAUAUACUAUUACCACACGUGCCUUUUCUUCAGAGCUUUUUUGAAAUAAUGACUUAUUAAAAUGUACUAAUUGCAUUCAAAACUCUGGUGGGAUUUCAUCAUGACAUUUUUGAUGUAAAGUGAGAACUUAAGAGAAACACAUUUGUAGUCUGAUUAUUUUACUGUCAUUUCUGUUACCGAAAUGAUAGCUGGUUUCUCUGUGGUAACCUUUGAGGCUCACUGACCACUUUAAUCAGAAACUUUACUGUUAUUGACAUCUACCUAAUCUUUGAUAUCAUAGGUUAACAGUGAGGUUUUUUAAAAUCCCAACAAAUACUUGGAUUUUUGAAGAAUUUAUAAUGUAGUGUAUAAUGUCAUUAAUAUAUAUGGAGAGAGUAUUAAUUGAUACUUGGUAAGCUACAUUUAAUUUUAAUCUGCUUAACCCACAGGAAAAAAACACUGGAACAGUCUGACUAUAAACUCCUUUUUGCCUGUUUUUGCAAAUUUCCUGGUAGUAUGUAAAUCUGGUAUGCAGAAAGAUGAUAUGCUGUUGGAAUGAAACCAGAAUGACUGUCUCGGUUGAGUCUUUGCCACACAGUAAGAAGAGUCUGUAGGACGUACAAUCAGAGGCUGAGAACUGUUGUUUCAUAUUAACUGCUGGAUAUUGGUUUGGUGCAGCAUUUCCACAAAUCUUUAAGUUCUGAAAGUAUUUUAAUUGAACAGAUUUAUAACUUUGCUGUGUUUUGCUCAGGCUCUCUGAGGCAUUACACCGGCUCUUGAGGGUGUGACCCCUACAGCUUAGACUAUUUAGAAAAAUGCCAAACCCCACUUCUCAUUAUUGUCAAUUAGCUGAUGGGUGUGUGUGUGUGUGUGUGUGUGUGUGUGUGUGUGUGUGUGUGUGUGUGUGUGUGUGUGUGUUCCUGCUUGCCUCUUUGUCUGGUUCCCUGUUUUGCCUCUGUGUGGUCUUGAUUUAGUGUAGUUUUUUCUUGCAUGUUUGUGACUUGAUUGGUUUAACACGUGUAUGUGGAUGAUUCUGUACAUUGUGUAAUUAUUUUUACAGGUGUUCAGUGCAGUGUGCGCAUGUGUAUGUGUGCACACAUGCCGGUGCAUGUCAGUGUAAUUGGCAUUGCACACUAAAAGUUUGUUUGUAAACCAGAUAGCUUUUUUUUUUUUUUCUAAUGGAUCUAAUUCUAUCUUCUCUAAUAGAGAUCAGUGGACUGAUCACCAAUACAGGUCCUUUUACAGUGAGGCCCCUGGCCCAAUUCCUCACCCAGCAUUUUGCAGUUCCUUCAUGGUCUGCUUCAUAAUAAUAGACAGCAAGCUGUCAGUGGCAUCUGUGGGGUGCCUUUUUUUUUUUUUUUUUUUUUUUUUUUUUCCUCUUUUUUAAAUUCUGCUGGCUUCAUUUUUGGUGAGGACAGAUGGGGGGGGGAACACGGAUUUGAGCUUUUGCAACUCCAAAAAUCCAUAUGUAACACUUUUUUUUUUUCCUCAUUAUAAAUAAAUUAAGGAACUAAAUGAAGGGAUCCCCAGCCUUAUGUUUUACACACUUUUGUAUUUGUAAUGUGUAUAGUUUGAUAACCAUUGUGUAUAUGUGCCUGUAAAUAUGAUUGAGAAACUGUUCUUACAUUGAACUUUGUUGGAAAUACUGGCUGUAUCUAUCAUUUGAAGAGAUAUUGGAAGCCAAAAUGAGAAACUGAAGGAUUUUUAU